AUGAACCCCUUCAUACAGCGGUCUCAAGCAACCUGGCACCGGGUUGGCCUUGUUUCCGAAUUUCCCGACCUUGACUUGGACAAAGACUGCUCUCGGAUUGCCCCCAGUUGCAAAGCCUUCAACAUCCCCAAGACAAAUGUCGGCCCUCCGGUCGAAGCAGACAUUGAUCUCCCAGGAGAUUUGAAGGAACAGGUGCUUGUGUUCAAAUACAAAGGCAAGGUUCAUGCCAUUGACCAUCAAUGCCCUCACUCGUCAUUCCCACUUUCACAGGGCACCCUCUUUGAUAUUGAAGACUUUGGCAUCACCCUCAGUGCUGGGGUCACAUGUACCAAGCAUGGCUGGUCCUUUGAUCUCUUUUCUGGACAGGGUGAUCGUGGUAACUACAAGCUUAAAAUAUGGGAAGUGCAACUGCGUGAACCCCAUACAAAGGACGAGUCUUCCGAUGGCCCCGACCAGGAGGUUUGGGUGAGGCGGAAGCAGCGAAUCGGCUAA